GUCACUAUCUUGCUGUUAAAUAGCACCAAGGAGAGCGCAAAUGUGACUUUACUCACAUUGCGAAAAAGUUUAUUUCGUAAUUGAACAUUUUUUCUUCUACUCACGAUAAUUCGUCGCGCCCCUUUUUAAUAUUCACCACAAUCCGGCUAUCGUCAGUCAGAGCGCGAACUGUUGCCCAGUGCGUGUGGGUACCAGCGGACGCGCGGAGAUGAGCAGUCCCGAUGCGGGUUACAGCAGUGACGAUCAGAACCAGGCCCGCGGCGCGAGCUCAGUCAUGAUGCCCGGCAUGGGCCAGUGCGCGUGGGUGGACCCGCUCAGCCCGCUUACGGACACCAAAGCCAAGAGCGAUGCGUGUUCUGGUGGCCCUGGACGCGGGAAGAGCGAACCCCGCAUUCGAAGGCCAAUGAACGCGUUUAUGGUUUGGGCAAAGGAUGAACGCAAGCGGCUCGCACAGCAAAAUCCUGACCUGCACAACGCCGAACUCAGUAAAAUGCUCGGUAAGUCAUGGAAGGCUCUGCCGGUUAUAGAGAAGCGUCCCUUCGUGGAGGAAGCGGAGCGUCUUCGCGUGCAGCACAUGCAAGACCACCCCAACUACAAGUACCGCCCACGACGACGUAAACAGGUGAAGAGAAUCAAACGUCUGGACUCCGGUUUUAUGUUGCCUGGCGGGUCCGACCCACAGGCGCCGCUGGGGAUGGAGGGUCUGGGUGGAGUGGGGGGGUACCCUCUUCCCCCAGUGGGGCUCUCUCAGACUGGGUUACCCCCAUACUGUGAGGCCCAAGCCCUGAUGGAGGGUUACAGCUUGCCCACGCCUGACUCCUCCCCUCUGGACGUUGUGGGUAAUGAGAGUAGCUUUUUCACUGGCCACGCCCAGGAGGAAUGCCACGUCCAGCCACCUUAUGGCUAUCACCAUCAAGAGUAUCCACCUCAGGAACACACGCUCAGUAAUACGCACUCCCUCAUCAAUACGAACACGCAUAGCAGCUCGCACACUCUCGCGAACGCACACUCGCAUAAUAAUGCUCUCGCUAACCCGCACUCGCAAGCUAACGCGCAUGCGCACGCUCUCGCUAACACCCAAACGCACGCUGGCGCACACGCUCAAGUCAACAUACCUGGAAGUCUUCUCUCUAAUACACAUGGGAAUACACACUCUCACUCACACUGCAACACACACACCAGUCCAAAUGGUAGCUCUCACCAUAAUUCACUCACCCACUCCCACUCGCUCUCUCACACUCUAUUUAAUAGGAACAGGUCUCCUAUCUCCGAACAGGCCACACCCUCUGCCUACCUGGGUUGCCACGCCCCUCUGGGUAUGUUCUAUAGCCCCUCCUCCCAAUCGAAACGCUUGCAGGAGCAGCUCUCAUCUCCAGCGGACUCUCGCACGCACACGCACAUUCCCUCAGACACGCAUGCUCAUGUCUCUCCUGAUUUGCUAGGUGAGACAGACAACAGUGAAUUCGAGCAGUACCUUUCGUAUGGGGUUUCCCAUGCUCCCCUUCAGGGGUCUGACCUCAUCUCAACAGUUCUUUCAGAUGCCAGCACUGCGGUCUACUACUGUAACUACAGCAACGCUUGAACGCACCCAGUUAGCGUGACAACAAAUUUGAUCAUACCGACAACAUGGCAGCGACCUCACCUGAGCCAACACUGAUACAGUCGCAAUGUGUCAACCUGUUUUGUUGCUGUAUUGAUGGCAAUAAAUGAUCAUGUCGCCAUAGCGAUAUAUGAUGGCUUCUUCUGAUGUCCUGUGAUAUUUCUGCAGGUCUUUGGAACAAUCAGUGAAUUUGAUAAAAUAUCACUGGAGCUUUGUUUUUUUCAGGGUUUUAAUUCUUGUUCUUUUUAAAUAGCAAUAUUGCCUUGCCAU